ACCUCAGCCUGCAUCGCCGCCGUCCAGCACAGCCAGGCUUCCUCUGCUCGCUUGCUUGCUUGCUUGCUUGCUUGCUUGGGACUGGAAGAUGGCUGAAGGUAAGCCUGCAGAUGCAGUGUGCACCUUCCUUUUUAAAAAGCCAGGGCGCAAAGGAGCCGCCGGCCGCCGGAAGCGCCCGGCUGGCCGGCCCGAGUCCGGGAGCAGCGGCAGCAGCAGCGACGAAGGCAGCACCGUGGUGCGGCCGGAGAAGAAGCGGCCCCUGCACAACCCGAUGAUCCAGAAGACGCGAGGCAGCGGCAAGCAGAAGGCGGCGUAUCAGGUGAGUAGCGAUGAGGAAGAGGACGAGCAGGAGCCCGAGAGCCUGGGCGUCAUCUACAAGUCCACCCGCUCGGCCAAGCCGGUGGGGCCCGAGGACAUGGGCGCCACGGCCGUGUACGAGCUGGACACGGAGAAGGAGCGCGACGCCCAGGCCAUCUUCGAGCGCAGCCAGAAGAUCCAGGAGGAGCUGCGGGGCAAGGAGGACGACAAGAUCUACCGGGGCAUCAACAACUACCAGAAAUUCCUGAAACCCAAGGACACGUCCAUGGGCAACGCGUCGUCGGGCAUGGUGCGCAAGGGUCCGAUCCGCGCUCCCGAGCAUCUCCGUGCCACCGUGCGCUGGGAUUAUCAGCCCGACAUCUGCAAAGACUACAAGGAGACAGGCUUCUGCGGCUUCGGGGACAGCUGCAAAUUCCUCCACGACCGCUCCGAUUACAAGCACGGCUGGCAGAUCGAACGGGAGCUGGAUGAGGGCCGCUAUGGCCUCCAUGAGGAUGAAAAUUAUGAAGUGGGCAGCGAUGAGGAGGAAUUGCCCUUCAAGUGCUUCAUCUGUCGCCAGCCCUUCCAGAACCCCGUGGUCACCAAGUGCCGGCAUUAUUUCUGCGAGAGAUGCGCGCUGCAGCACUACCGCACCACCCCGCGGUGCUAUGUGUGCGACCAGCAGACCAAUGGCGUCUUCAACCCUGCCAAAGAAUUGAUGGCCAAACUGGAGAAGUAUCGAGCUUCUUCGCACAACGAGAGCACUCUCGAUCUCCCUGAGGAUCCCGAUGAGGGGCCCAUCCCGGUUACUUAAAUUUUCCCACAUGCUUGGCUCUCAGAAUAAA